UAAAUUGCAAUUUUUCGAUGAGUUAUGAGGUGUGGCAUUAUUAUUGAUUUUGAUAGGGCUACAGCCUUAUGAAACCAGUUUCCUUAAUUAACAGGUUUCAGCUCUCUUAAUAUUCGCGUCGUUCAAUUUACGGAAGGGAAAGCUUAACCUUGAAUUGUGCUUUCUCUUGUACUGUUUGAGUGCUUAACUCUACGACAUUUUGUUCGUCUUCUUUCUUCAAAAUUCCUUCUUCCCUGUUUGGCUACUUUCAAAGUCCAAUAACUGCACCACAUAUUCGGGGACUGAGAUGACAGACAUGGUUGAAAAGAUUGUAGACUCCCGGGUGACUUGGGAAGGUUGCAGCGUGAUUUUGGAUAUUAACAAUGGCGACCGUAUUGUAUUUGCUCGCCUCAAUCCUUCUUCUACCUUGAAGAUUGGAAAGAAGGUCUGCUCUCUGAGCCCAUUGAUUGGGUGCCCUUUUGGUUCUUUAUUUCAACUCGAAUGUGGAGUGAAUGGGCCGUACCUUUCUCGUGUAUCUCGCUCUUUGACAGGUGCUUCUAAAAGUGAAGAUCAGAAUGAUUGCAAAACCAAGGAUAAUAGGGCAUUAGUUGACAGCAACACGGCCCAAACCCUUUCUGGUGAUGAUAUAGAUGUCAUGCGCAGGGAGGGGGCUACUGGUGAGCAAAUUAUUGAAGCUCUUAUAGCUAACAGCUCAACAUUUCAGACAAAAACGGCAUUCUCACAAGAGAAAUACAUACUUAGAAAACAAAAGAAAUAUGCUCCUACGGUACUUUUAAGACGCCCUUUUACUCGAAGUAUAUGUGAGGCAUACUUCAAGAAACUCCCUGCAAGAAUAGGGUUCUUGCGGAUGGAUACUAUAUCUCUUCUACUUUCAAUGGCAAAUGUUAGCAUCUCUUUGGAUGUACUUGUGGUGGAUAUGGUUGGAGGAAUUCUUACUGGUGCUGCGGCAGAACGCUUGGGAGGUACAGGAUAUGUGUGCAACACCCACUUAGGGACUAAGCAAUAUCCUAUGGAUAUAGUGGGGAUAUUUAAUUUUGACAAAGCAAUUUCAAGCAGGAUUGUACGGUCUUCUCUUUCUGACCUUCAUUUGGCUAAGAAAAGUUCUGAGGCUCAUAUAUCGAAUGAAAAUUUGCAUUCUAUGAAGCUAUUAGGUAAUGAUGGCCAUUCCUUGGAAUCAUCUAAUGGUCCCAUAUCCAUUGUGAAGGAGAGCUUAGUUCAAGAAGAAAAUUCUUCUCAUCAAUGUUCAUCAACUACCCUAAGUUCUGAGAGUGAACAAUCUACUUCCAUGGACUUGGACACAUGUUUUAAGAAGUGUUCAAACAGUGUGGAUGAGAACAAGGAUCCAUCUUCCCUGAAAGUUUCAAAAUCAUUAAAACCUGGCAGGCAAGCAUCAGAAGAAGAGAUCAAGUUAUGGAAAGAAAACGGAUUUACAAGCCUGAUAGUUGCUGCCCCAGAGCUGGAUCCCUGGAAUGCUAUUCAAGAACUUCUUCCCCUUCUAUCCUAUUCUGCACCAUUUGCCAUCUAUCAUCACUAUCUUCAGCCUCUUGCAAUAUGCAUGCACAAUUUACAGGUAAAGCAAAUGGCAAUUGGUUUGCAGAUUUCUGAACCCUGGCUACGGGAGUAUCAGGUCCUUCCAUCAAGAACACAUCCACAAAUGCAGAUGAACUCGUUUGGUGGUUACAUUCUAAGUGGAACUCGUGUAUUCAACAGUGAAUCAGAACAAGGGAGCACGUGAUGAGUCCCUUUAUUUAUCACCAUUCACCUAUUAUUUACCUAUAAUUUUUUAAUAAAAAUGUAUUAUUCAGUAAAUUAUUGCCCCCAAUGCGGUUUAGCCAUCUGAGUCAUCUCAACCAUCAAUUGGCUGUGCAAGAAUGUGAAGAUUACGAGAAGGUCCACAUGGGAUUUCUCAACCCCAAAGUAAUUGCCUUUGUUCAUUUUUGUGUUCCGGUAGGUCCUAAUGGGCCCAAAGUUUUGAUAGUUUGUAUUGUAGCAGUUCGAGCAUCAGUUGCAAUUGUUGAGCUUUUGUAAAUGAAAUUGGUUUUGGCAAUGGAUAGGACAUUUUUGGAUGCA